AUGAAGGCGUCCGAAGAGUCAUCGAGGGACAUCGAGACCGAGUCGAAGGUCUCAACUAUCAAGGAGGACGACGAGCGUUUGACGCCGCCCACAUUGAAGGUUAAGCGCGUCGACCAUUACUAUAGUCGGUGGUCGAAAAGCUGGAAGUAUCGGAACACGAGCUCGAAGGUUGUCGUCGAAGGUCUUCCACUGUUGCGGUCAGGAGACAAUGACCCUUGGAAGGAUUUCAGCUUUGUCAUCGUGCGUACGCUCCCGAUCCGUGAAGAGCUGGUUGCUUUGGUGGAACCGACCUUCAAGGUUGUCAUCAAAAGCGAGUACAUCUUGAAAGCUUGCAAGGACGUCAUUCAAUCGUGGCCUGGAAUCUCUUGGAACUCUGAUCCUUUGGAGCUUGAUCCCGAAGUCUUCUUAACGUUCCUCGACGAGUUCAAGGAAUAUCGCGAUCAUCUUGCCUCCAAGAAGGCUCCGACCCAGCUCGACACAUACGUCCUUUCCUCCAUUGACCUCCUUCUCUCCUCCAUCAGUUCCGACUAUAAGAAUACUAUUCGCACCAUCAACAAGCUGAAAUCCCAUGGCGAGAUGACCUGGGACCUCCUCUACUCCAUCCUUGUCCCACGUUCAAUCCUCGUCACGCGUUGCGCUAUUACUGGCGCACCGCGCCUGUUCAAGCUGGAGUCUGUUAUGCACAUGAACGUGGAGGGUAUGAAGUGCUACCAGCUGAGCUGCGAGAGCAUAGAUCUUAUAGACCGGCCUCUCACCCAGACCGUGGGGGUAUCGAAGGUUACUACGCAAAUUCUCAUCAAGUUUUUCAAAGGUACAGUGAAGAUUGAUUCGCUGGAUGCCUACCCUGUUAGGUUCCAUCCCGACUCUGCGAAGCUGAAGGAGACGGUGAUGCAGCGAGGCAAGAAAUGGUCUGAUCUUCGGGGGAUUCAUCACAAGCAGUUCAAUGGCAUCGCGGCGUUGAAAUGCGGAAGCAAUAGACUGUUGAGGCACAAUGUCAAGGGAAGGAUCAUGGUUGAUCGGGCUUCCUUCCGACGUUUCAAUGCCAACUACAAAUAUCCUACCCCUGUACCCAAGUCGGAUAAGCCACAGGUGAAUGAAUACGGAAACACUAUAGAUGAAGAGCCGGUGCCUCACCAAUAUGCUAAUGGUGUUCUUGUGGAUUCCCACCUCCGCGACGAAGAAAGCACAAACGAUGUCGAGCUGACAGAUGAAGAACUCUUGGUGACGCCCACUGUGGUUUUCGGAUUUAGUCUUUCCGAUAAACUUUGGUUGGAAUUCGACGUCGAGAAGAUCUCGGACGUAGAAUGGAACAAGGACGCUUUUGCCAAUCUUGUUCUUCCGACGGAUCGCAAGGACCUCUUGCAGUCCCUCGUGGAGGCACACCAUCGCGAACUCGGGUUCGAUGACUUCAUCAAGGGCAAAGGUCAUGGUCUCGUUAUCAACCUGUUUGGUCCCCCAGGAGUUGGUAAAACCUUCUCUGCUGAAGCAACCAGCGAACAUGUCAAGAGACCCCUGUACCUUGUCGGUGCUGGCGAUUUGGGUACGGAUGCGAACAGCCUCGAUAUGGCUCUCGAACGCGUGUUUGAGGUCGCUACAACGUGGAAAGCCAUUGUUCUGAUCGACGAGGCCGAUGUCUUCCUCGAGCAACGUUCUCUCCAUGAUCUCGUACGGAAUGCCAUGGUCGCUGUCUUCUUGCGUCACGUCGAAUACUACCGUGGCAUCCUCUUCCUGACCACCAAUCGUGUCAAGGCAUUCGAUGAGGCCUUCCUGUCGCGUAUCCACGUCGCACUGCACUUCCAUGAACUGCCCGUCGAGUCCAAGAUACAGGUCUGGUCAGCGUUCAUUGCCAAAGUGGGGGCGUCGGCGGAUAUCACGCCGGAGCAGAUCCAGGAACUGGCGAAGCGAGACGUGAACGGUAGACAGAUCAAGAAUGCGGCGAGGACCGCACAGUCGUUGGCUGUGGGUCGUGGAGAGAAGCUCGAGUUCAAGCAUUUCUUGAGCACUUUGGAUGCCAUGGAUGACUUCACGAAAGAAUUUACGAAGGCGUGA